AAUGUGAAUGCUGCAAAUGGAGCUGAGCUCAGCAGGCCUGCAGCUGGAAUCCCUGUGGAGAGGAGGGAGGGGGUUAACUCUGGGCUGUCAGAAGGAAGCUGUGUCUACUUCUCAUUGGAUCAGUGUUUGUUGUGGGUGAGGCCACUUCCUCAGCAGCUGAUCUGCUUGUACAGAUCCUGAUCCCUGCUUGUUCAGACUUGUUCAACCUGUGGAGCAAUUCACCAGGAAUGCUUCCAGCCAGCAGUUUUCAUUCAGGACUACAGGCCAGAACCCGACCCCUUCACUCUUGUUUCAGCGAUGCCACCAAAGAGGAAAUCGGCUGCCACCAAGUCGGAUGCCAAGCAAAAGAAGGUCAAAGUUGAGCCAGAGGAGGAUAAUGUAAAGUCAACUGUUGAAGCCUUAAAAGCUGCUCCAAAAGACAAGGCCAAGGCCAAGAUUGAUGAGCAUUGCCAGCUGAGUUCUAAUGCAUUGGCGACGAUUCAUGAGGACUAUGAUUGCAUGUUGAACCAAACCAACAUCGGAAACAACAACAACAAGUUCUACAUCAUCCAGCUGAUUAAACUGAAUGACUUCUAUUAUUGCUGGAACCGCUGGGGCCGUGUGGGAGAAGUUGGCCAAAAUAAACUGGGUCCUCCAGUUGCCCUGAAUGUUGCUAUGAAGGAUUUUGAAAAGAAGUUCAAAGACAAGACCAAGAAUGACUGGGUGAACAGAGAUUCCUUUGUAGCAUAUCCUGGAAAAUACACAAUGAUUGAAGUUCAGCAGGGCUAUGAAGAAGUGACAGUUAUGAAGACUGACGCUGUGGACGGAGGUUCAGUGGUGAAUAAGAAAGUCAAACAUUGCACUUUAGAUAAACCAACCCAGGAGCUGAUCACUCUCCUCUUCAGCCAUGAUAUGUUCAAGGAGCAGAUGCAAACCAUGAACCUUGAUGUGAAGAAGAUGCCUCUUGGAAAGUUGAGUAAGCAGCAAAUUGCCAAGGGUUUUGAUGCGUUGGAUGAGAUUAAGGAAGCCUUGGAGAAAUCCCAGCAAAAACAGCUGGAAGAACUGUCCUCAAAGUUCUAUACUAUCAUUCCUCACUACUUUGGGCGCAAUAGACCCCCGGUGAUUGAUACAUCUGAAGUGAUCCAAGCCAAAAAAGACAUGCUGCAGGUGCUUGCUGAUAUAGAACUGGCUCAGAGUCUUCAAGCUGAGAAGGAACAGAAAACCAAGACUGAAGUUGUUGAGGAUGUUCCACAUCCUCUGGAUGAAGAUUAUAACCUACUGAAGUGUAAGCUCUCAUUGCUGAUGCACACUUCCGAAGAAUUCAAGAUAUUUAAGAAAUAUGUGGAUGUGACUGGUGGUGCCCACAGACCAGUGAAAAUCCUCAACAUCUGGGAGCUGGACAGAGACGGAGAGGGGGUACGUUUCAAGACCCACGAUAACAUUGAAAACCGACGCCUCCUGUGGCACGGCACUAACAUUGCAGUUGUCGCUGCCAUUCUGAAAACAGGGCUGCGGAUCAUGCCACACUCAGGGGGCCGUGUAGGAUGUGGAAUUUAUUUUGCAUCUGAAAACAGCAAGUCAGCAGGAUAUGUUGGGUUUACAUCCAGCCAUGUUGGUGUCAUGUUCCUGACUGAAGUGGCUUUGGGGAAAGAACAUUCAAUUUUCCAAGAUAACUCCAAUCUGAAAGCUGCUCCCAAAGGAUUUGACAGUGUUGUUGCCCGUGGCACAACCGAACCAGAUUGUUCUCAGGACAAGGAGAUAACUCUUGAAGGGAAGAAAGUGAUGGUUCCCCAAGGGAAGCCAGUGAAGAUGAAGCUGCAGAAGCAAAGCUACUUUUCCCAGAGUGAAUAUGUCAUCUACAAAGAGAGCCAGGCCCGCCUUCGCUACCUGCUGCUGGUGAAAUACUGAAUGGCCUUCACCCACUCUUCCACCAUGAGACUGCACCCUGUGAUCAUUUCCCAGGAAGGCUCAAGCUGCCUUAACUGAAGGAGCAAAGUCAUGUUUACUUUCUGCUGCAGUUUAAUUCUGUUUGGCUAGUUCCACUACACAGGUGUUUGGAUUGGCUGCUUUCACAGUUGUUGCUGCUUUGCACUCCAGACAGUUACAAUUUUAAACGGCUCUUAUCUGGGGGACUUAACAAGAUGUUGGAGAUGAAAACUGAUCAGAAAUACUCCAAGUUCUGGGCUCCCCUUCCAUUAAAGAGUCUGAGCCUGUUUGGCUUCAUUUGUAGCCCAGACUAAACCAAAUUAAUCCUUGCAGGUAGAUGCUGACUGAAUGUUAGUGCUGGGAUUAAACAAAGAAUACUGACCAUCAGGAGCAUUACAGGCCAUGGGGUAUUAGACUUUUACUAACAACUGUGUGGGUAUCUAAGUAAGGGGAGAACUGACAGGCCUCCCUGCCUCUACUCAACCCCUCUCCAGGCCUCACUGUAACCUUUACUGAACUGACAGGCUUUGCCCAAGGCCUCCCUCACUGGCCACACUGAGUAAUAGGGCCAUUCUCACUGGAGGUCUCCCUCAGGCAAGCUGCACUAAAUUAUUUGUAAAACCAUUUUUGCUUGCUGAAAAUUACUGACUUCAGACUGACAACACGAGUUGAACAUGUGCCUCAUCAAAUUGGGCAUCUUGACUCUCACACGACAAUCAGAAACACUUUCACACGCCUUUCACCUACCCCUCCUGCCUCGAUACACUGUAUUCCCUAAGGAACCAGUCUCUGUGUUCCCUGCAACCUCGCACAAGCCUAGAGGAGACUUGCGGCAAAUUGAAAUAUAGAAACGGGAGAAUGACAUGUCUACUCUCCCGAUGUUCGGCCAUAUUCGGCUGCAAAACUGGAUGCUCCCCAUGACUGAUCCUUAAUCCUCCUAUCUUCCCAAGGCUGCACUAAGUGCCUCAAGCUGAAAUGACAGACUGCUUCCAUCUGUCUCCACCACCCCACCAACCAAUAUAUUAAGAAUUGGCAACUGUCAUGGAUGACUGAUGUGCUGUAUUCAUCCGCUGAACCCUUUUAGACUGGUGCUUAUCAUAGGACGAUGGAAGAACAGUGCAGACAGAACUUUUGAACUGCAGUGUGUGUGGUUGAUGUUGGCCAUGUGGAAGUACAGCAGCUUGCCUCCACUGCUUACAGUUCAUUGGAAGUUGAGUCAUGUAUGGCUGACAGUCCCCUUCUGUGGUAGGCUCACACCCAGCAACUGCACAGGCCUCUGUCUCCAAGCAGCCACCAUUAGCUGGAGGGUGAAUGGAGGUUAAAGGUUGCCCUUGACAUCCUUAGGUAAAAUCCUUUUUUGAAAGGUGGUGUGACAGAGCUGUUUCAAAGUAGACCUAACUGCAGAUCUUCACCAUGAAAGGCACUAAUCUGAGGCUAUUUUACUGAAGCGACUGUGGCACAGGACAAGUCCCUUACCUUUGUAUUUGGCACUGUUAGUCUGUUGGAAGCUGUCAUUCCCCUCACAAUGUAGAAGAAUUCAUAUGUUCAUAGAUUGUAUCCUGUUGGUCGGUAAUUGUUGCCACUGUCCCGACUUAUGGUCCCAGGAGUAUGUUUGCACUAUUAAAGCAUUCUGUUAUUCACCACUCUAAA